AUGGGUCUACAGCACGUCCAGGGUCUAACCUCCUCAGUCCCUGGACUACAGCCUCAUCCUGGGAUACAGCCUCAGUCCUGGGUCUACAGCCUCAGUCCUGGGUCCAGAGCUUCAGUCCGGGGUCCUGGUCUACAGCAUCAUCCAGGGUCUACACCCUCAGUCCUGGUCUAUAGCCUCAGUCCUGGGUCUACAGCCUCAGUCCUUGGGUCUAUAGCCUCAGUCCUGGGUCUACAGCCCUCAGUCCUGGUCUACAGCCUCAGUCCAGGGUCUACAACCUCCAAGUCCCUGGGUCUACAGCCUCAGUCCUGGGUCUCAGCCACAUCCCCCCUGGGGUUCUACAGCCUCAGAUCCUGUCUAGAGCCUCAGUCCCUGGGUCUACCGCCAGUCCUAGGGAUACAGCCUCAGUCCAGGGUCAAACUACAGGCUCAGUCCUGGGUCUACAGCCUCAGUCCUGGCCUCACGCUUGUAGACCCAGGACUGGUCUACAGCCUCAGUCCCUGGGUCCUACAGCCACAGUCCGGGGUCCUACAAGCCUCAGUCCUGGUCUACAGCCUCAUCCUGGUCUACAGCCUCUGUCCUGGUCUAGAGCAUCAGUCCCUGGGUCUACAGGCUCUUCCGGGUCCUACUGACCUCAGUCCUGGUUCUACAGCCUCAGUCCUGGGUCCAGAGCUUCAGGUCCUGGGUCCACACCUCAAUCCUGGGUCUAAAGCCUCAUCCUGGGUCUAG